UCUACUUUCUACACGACACCAGCGCAUUGUUCAAUUUUAAAUUUAUUUCGCCUACUGUAAUGUCGUUUGGUUUCAAACUUUCAUAAAUACAAUAAAUGUUGAUAACAGCAUCCACUAAUUAAAAGGUUCCCACGUUUAUAGCGCACGUAAAAUAAUAUAAAAAUGGUGUUUUGUUAUAAAAUAAUCACAGAUACGCCGACGAGGUCCGGUGCUUUGUCCCCAAGGAAGGCAUCGCCGAUGGGACGCAUUUCAAAUUUGCCAAGCUCCAUGUCGCACUUGAUCAACUCUUUGGAUUACGAAGCUAGCGACGCCAUCGAUUCCAUUCCUGAACACGACUGGCGACUUCUGGCGGCGCUGGCGAAAAAGAGAGAAGAAAACGAUGAAAGGGAAAAGCUUGCCGAUCAGUUUAGGAAGAUGUGGCAGAAAGAGAAGGAAGAACGAGAUCAGGUGGCAGCAGAAACCUCAGACCAAUACAAGCGGUAUAUCCACGAGAAACGUAAGCAGGAACGCAAUUGGCUGGAGUACAGGCGGUUUCAAAGGACCUUGGAUCAUCACCUCCGGUGCAGGCAAUUGGUUAACAGUAUACGCUAUAAGGAACAGCGAAGCGCCGACUUGCUCGCUUGCAGAGACGACAAAAAGAUAUCAGAGUUAAUACAUAGAGCGCUGGAGGAAGAAGCGCGCGCGCAUCUCGCGGCCGACCGGCGCAUACGGCUCGACGCCGCUGAAGAGUUUCGAAAACGCGUGGAUCUAGAUGACGCCGAAAAACGAGCUGACGAGGCGAAGAGACGACGGAAUGCUCUGUUGAGAGACGCUUCGCAGCGCGCGGCAAUAUCGAACGCGCUAAGUUCGUGGGAGUCGUCACUGCUGCGUAGCGAGGCGCGAGAAGCGCAGUACGUGCGGCUGCAGGCACUGGCGGCGCGCGCGGCGCGGCGGGACGCUCGCCGCGAGCGGCUGGCCCGAGCACGAGCCGCCAGCUGCGCACGCGCACGCCGCCGCGCCGCCUUCACCGCGCACUUGCGGCAGGCCAUCAGGGACAGCUAGCUUGUAUUGACACGCUCACUACCACCACAGUAUGCAGAAAUCACAACUCGAGGCAAUACCACCACCACCUGAUGGAAAGUGGUAACCGUCGCCUAUAGACAUGAGCAGUACCAUGCCCAUAACAGAGUGUACUGUUUCGCCCAUGAUACCCCCCAUGCGUUGCCAUUCCUGAGGACUCAGGUGUUAUUCCUCUGUGCCCUGUAAAUUCACGCCAUAUCCCACCCUUCAAACCGAAACACAGCCAUGCAAACGCAACUGCUUUACGGUUGAAACACGAAUGGGAGACCGUUGAUGUCCAUUUUAAAAUAGAUUCAGUAGAAGACAAAUUGUGAUUAUUUAAGGCAAAAGUGUAUGUAAUAAGUCUUUUAAAGGUGGAUAACCUUUUCUGCAUUUAAAAUUAAACUACCUUAAAAAAUACCUUGAUUUGUAUGAAAGUGUUACAUUUUGUUAAUAUCUGUAAGUCUCCAAACGAAAAAUUAUUAUUUGUAACAUAUUGCGUUGUAAAACAUUCAGGGUCAAAGUGAGUCCUGUAUCGUAAAUGAAAGAAAACUUGUGUAAGUCAUGUAUUUAUG